AUGCCCAUGGGCCUGACCAACUCCCCUGCUACAUUCCAACGUGUAAUGGAGCUGGUUCUGCGCGGACUCCCGUGGCAGGUCUGUACGGUGUACUUGGACGAUGUGUUAAUAUUCAGUCCUACGUUUGAGGAGCACAUGUUCAACCUGCGGGAGGUGUUUUCUCAUAUCCAGGCAGCGGGUCUCAAGCUCAAUCCCCAGAAGUGUCACCUGGCUCGGGAUCAUGUGGUGUUCCUUGGCCACGUCGUUUCCAGUCGGGGCCCGCAGCCGGACCCCAGGAAUACUAACAAGGUCAAGUCAUGGCCCACACCACGUUCGCCCACAGAGCACAAGGAGGCGCGCCGUCAUACUAAUGCGGAUGCCCUCUCACGGCGCCCCGAAGGGGUCCUGGGCCCUGCCCCCCUGGUCAAUGUGAUAAGCUCCUCUCCAGCGCCACACUCCGCUCCUAUUGAUGCCCAGGUCAGGGUGCACUCUCCGCCGGUGCCCUCCCCACCGGUGCCCUCUCCGCCUGUGCCCUCUGCGCCUGUACCCUCUCCAUCCGUGGCUCCUCCUGUGGGUGGAGAACUCUGGCAUUCACUGAUGGGUGACAGUGACUAUAUUGCCAGGCUUCAGAGGGAAGAUCCGGACAUUGGUACUGUAUUGGACUGGAUCAGGGCUGGGGGUUCUCGUCCACCAAGGGGGCAGUUGCGUGGCUCGCGGUGGCUGCGGAAAUUGUGGCCGGAGUUCCCCAGGCUUUCCCUGGUGGGGGAGCUUCUUUGCCGGACAGUUUAUCCCUCUCCUGCGGGGGAACCCCAGCAUCAAGUUGUGGUGCCGGCAUCGCUGGUUCCAGAGUUGUUAAGCCAGUUGCACUGCGGCCCUGUUUCUGCACAUUUUUCAGCGGAGAGAGUGUGGAUGCAGGCCAGGACUGUCUGUUAUUGGCCCUCCAUGCUCAAAGACAUUAGGCAGUGGUGUGAACAGUGUGUACCAUUUCAGACUCGCAAAGCCCCUGUACCUAAACACAGGGCUCCGAUGGGAGGGUUGCAGACUGUGCGUCCGUUUCAGCGUGUGGCUAUGAACAUUUUGGAACUUCCGAAACGUCUCAGAAGCGGAAGUGCUGCACAGACUGAAGAACUGAAGACUGACUGGUGA